UAGGUCUCGAACGGCCUGCUCUAAGGAAAAUCGCGUUGUCUGAAAAGCAAGUCGAGUUGGCGCCAAUGAUUCAGGCCAAAUCUUGUAACUUGGAUGGAAAAACAGAAUUUCACACAGACCAAAGUCAAAUGCGCACCGAAACGAAACAAAUUGACUUGUUCGGAAAGGUAAGUGCGCGAUUUCCCACAAGGAACCGUGUGCCUUGCAUUAGAACAGUCUUAGUUACAAGCAGACUAGUGUGUUUUUCCAUGUUGCAGAACAUUGUUACUAUCGCUUGUUUCACGCCACUCACACGUCCCUUGUUUCUGUGAGACAUAUAAAAUCAAACGAGCACACUUCGUGAUUUGAACUGUAUCGGUGUGUUUUCAUCCCAACGCGGCCUGUUCUGUGUUUCGCCAAUAUACCACUCGUCCAGUGGUUUGUCUUUUGAAUCGCGUGGCACAAUCUAGGAAGCCGCUAAGUCGAGCCCUGAAGACACAACAGAUUUCUGGCGACGGAGGUGUUGAACAAUGGCCAUUUCUUUUGAGCAGAUGCAGCAGCUCCUCCAUCAACAGCAGGUGCAGUUCGAGAGAUCCCAGAACCAGCUGUUCGACUUAUUCGCACAGAAAUUGAACAUUAAAUCAGAAUCCCAAGAUGCUGGCGCACGGAUCUCAGUAGACGCAGUUACAGCAUCCAUUACGGAGUUCAUUUUUGAUGAAUCAAACGGAGUAACUUUUGAAUCCUGGUUUAAGUAAUAUGAAGAUAUCUUCCGCAUUGAAUUGGAGGCACAAGAUGAUGCAUGGAAAGUUCGGUUGUUGUUGCGCAAACUCGGUGCAGUCGAACAUGAACGGCACACGAAUUUUGUGCUGCCAAAGAACCCCAGAGACUUUCGCUUCGACGAGACGGUGACAAUACUGAAGACUAUUUUCGGUGAGCAAGCAUCCUUGUUCAGUAUUCGUUAUCAUUGUUUUAAGUUGGUCAAAAGUGAUAUUCAUGACUAUAUAACACAUGCUGCAGUUGUGAAAAGAGAAGGUGAACGUUUCAAACUGGGUAUGAUGACACCUGAUCAGUUCAAAAGCCUCAUAUUUGUUUGUAGUCUUCAGUCCCACGCCGAUGCUGACGUACGCACACGUAUCCUGCAUAAGUUAGAACAGGAACCUCAUAUGACAUUACAGGACAUUGCUGCCGAAUGCCAGAGACUGAUUAAUCUAAAGCACGAUACCAAAAUGAUUGAAAAUGCUCAUUUCAGGAAUGAACCGCAAAUUUAUCAUACAGCUGUUCGCGGUAAAAAUGUGAGCCAUAGAGUCCCCAACCAGAAACCCCCAACUUCCUGUUGGAACUGUGGUGGAUGGCAUUUCGUACGUUUCUGUUCCUAUAGGAAACAUCUCUGUCAGAAGUGCAAACGCCUUGGUCAUAAAGAAUCACAUUGUCACACCACCUACAAUUCCAGGACUGUGUCUGGCCCUAAAUUGCACACGAACUCUAAAUCCAAAAAGACCUUUAACGGUGCAAAGACAAAAGUAGUUCUCGCGACCUGUCACACAGAAUUUGCCGGCAAGCGAAAGUACCUCACCGUUGAAAUUAAUAAUGUUCCCAUAUCGUUGCAACUAGAUACGGCAUCGGACAUUACCAUAAUUUCUCGAUCAUCAUGGAUGAGACUCGGUAGACCACCACUCAGGCACACAAAUUUGACCGCCCAAAAUGCAUCCGGUGAACCACUGAGGUUAGAUGGUGAGUUUACAUGUGAAGUUAAGUUUAAGGAUCUGAAGCUCUGUGGAACCAUCUACCUAAUUUCUUCUGUUGACAUUAAUCUUCUUGGGAUUGAUUGGAUCGAAAGGUUGAAUUUGUUUAAUGUGCCAUUGAAUCAUGUGUGUUCCGAAACGAACGUUAUAGUGCAUCAUACAACCGUGCCAUCUCAUCCACGUCAAAAUAUUGCGGACGCUCUGUCCAGAUUAAUCGAUACUAGUCGACGUGAGCCGGAGGAUGCCGUCAUUGCUUCAAUCACAACCGACACGGAUAUCAGCCACAUGAUACAGGAUGCCGUGAGUACUUUACCACUAACUGCAAGAAUGGUUCAGGCAGCCACAAGUCGGGACACAUUGCUACAGAAAGUCUUGACUUAUACAAGACAAGGUUGGCCAAAGCAGUGCCCUGACAAAUCGCUUGCACAGUUUUUCACACGACGUGAUGCUCUGUCUGAAGUCGAUGCCUGUCUCUUUUUCGCAGAUCGCCUUGUCAUUCCCGAAGUACUCAGGCAACGAGUUCUGAGGCAAUUGCAUAAAGGUCACCCAGGAAUCGCCCGAAUGAAAGCACUCGCGCGCAGUUACGUGUUUUGGCCCUCAAUGGAUAGUCAAAUAGAAGACAUUGGACGAUCCUGUUCUAAAUGCUGCAGUGUUUCCAAGUUACCAGUGCGCACAACAUUACAAUCUUGGCCGCGUCCCGAAUCACCCUGGUCGCGAAUACAUGUGGACUUUGUGGGACCAGUUGAGGGAACUUUCUUUCUCGUCAUUGUCGAUGCAUACAGUAAGUGGCCUGAAGUUACUGUGAUGCGAAAUACGUCCUCAAACAGCACAAUUCUUGCACUGAAGCGUCUUUUCAGUCAGUAUGGGCUGCCACAAACGAUCGUAUCAGACAAUGGAUCACAGUUCACUUCUUAUCAAUUCGCUGAUUUUUGUGCACAAAAUGGAAUACAGCAUAUGCGGACUGCACCUUAUCAUCCCCAAUCCAAUGGCCAAGCAGAAAGGUAUGUUGAUACCCUGAAACGUGCUUUGUUAAAAUCGAAGGGGGAGGGGACCCUGGAUGAAAGGCUGGAAAAUUUCCUGCUAAAUUAUCGAGUUACUCCGAAUCCAAAUGCACCAGAUGGAAAGUCACCCGCUGAAGCACUCAUGGGUCGAAGACUGAGGACCACACUAGAUUUGAUGACUCCAAAACGCCCACCGAUACAUCAUACGAAUUCACUAAUGGAAACUCACUACAACAAGCGACAUGGAGCACGGCACAGAAACUUUAGAAUUGGUGACGCAGUGUUUGCUGCCUUUCAUCAAGGGCGUCAAAUCAGUUGGAUACCAGGUCAAGUAGUAGGACGACGCGGAAAAGUAAUGUACGAUGUUCGUGUUGGCAGACAGCUGUGGGUUCGCCAUGCGAACCAACUACGACCGCGGAUUACAAGGAUACAAGAGGCGCGCCAUUCCGAAGGAUUUGCGUUCAAUGAAUUGUUGUACCCUUCGCAGCCAAGCACCUCGAUUAGACAGGAUACACAACCCAUGGAACGAGCUGAAAAUGAAAAACAACUAAGGCCAACACGGAGAAGAAGAUGCGUGCAGCCCAUGCAAGUAGACCCCCGAAGGAAGACAUAUACCAAUACCGGCUCAACUAUUUCAACAAGGGGGAGGUGUUAGGUCUCGAACGGCCUGCUCUAAGGAAAAUCGCGUUGUCUGAAAAUCAAGUCGAGUUGGCGCCAAUGAUUCAGGCCAAAUCUUGUAACUUGGAUGGAAAAACAGAAUUUCACACAGACCAAAGUCAAAUGCGCACCGAAACGAAACAAAUUGACUUGUUCGGAAAGGUAAGUGCGCGAUUUCCCACAAGGAACCGUGUGCCUUGCAUUAGAACAGUCUUAGUUACAAGCAGACUAGUGUGUUUUUCCAUGUUGCAGAACAUUGUUACUAUCGCUUGUUUCACGCCACUCACACGUCCCUUGUUUCUUUGAGACAUAUAAAAUCAAACGAGCACACUUCCGUGAUUUGAACUG